AUGCCCAAAGCCAAGCCUAUUGGCAAGGCUCAACCCUUCCUUGGGGCCCCCGCUCCCAUCAUCUCUACAGGGGCUCCAAGGCGCAACCCCCUCACCUCUUCAAUCCCUACCCCUCCUUGUCCUUCCUCCAGGACCAGCUCCAGCCACUUCUUCCCAAGGACCUCCACCAGCGCCCAAGUCCCUCAGGCGCUGCCUCCAGCCCUCUCCGCUGUAAAAGUGGACCACCCAGAUGCCUUCAAAGGCAAAAUUGGCUUGGAGGCCAAGCAAUGGCUGACACAAAUGUUAGCCUGGGUACAUCUCAAUCAGAGGCAGUUUCCCAUGGACCUGGAGGUCCUAUCAUUCCUCUCAUGA